AUGGUAGAUCAGGCAGGGGGUCAGACAAAGACAGUCCUCAGACAGUACGGCAGUCAGGCCAAACGGCCAGCAAGAGUUAUCACCAUCACGUCGUCUCAGACACAGAGCACAAUGGUCUCAAUGGGCGGUGGCGUUGUUGGAUACAAGGGAAAGAUGACAGUGGUCGAUCAGCAUCAGCAGAGCAAGGAGGGGGACGGCAACAGCAAUGACAGCAUAGGCAGUGGGGGGGGGAUUUCACAUGCAGCGACAGUGAUGGUGUCAGUCAGUGGCAAAGGGGUGGACACGGAGUAUUCCAUCAAUCCCGACGUUCAAGAGGUCGUUCGAAUCCUACAAAAAACCUCUACAACUUCUCUUAUUUUUCCAAAUCGUGAUUCCUACUCAUUGGCAUCGGACGCGCGUCGGGAAGGUCGGAGAUGGUUAAGUGCCAAGCACAGGCACUUUCAGGGCAUUCGGGAGGGGGGUGACAGGGUAGUGGUGCCCAAGCAGUGGACAGGCAGUCGGAUCACAAGCAGCCGCCCCCACACCAGCAGUACAGCGUGGCGGCAUGGGGCACGGUCAGAUGCAAUGACCAUAGCGGGCAUGUGGGCAGUGGAGAUAGUGAAAGAACAGCGCAAGCACAGCGCAAAAACAUUCAAAGAGCGGUAG